UUUAACAGCCAUGGUGCCAGUGAGAGAGUGGAACUGCACAGCAGUCAUGGAAUUCAUCCUGCUAGGGUUUGGAAAUGGUCCAGGAUGCCAGAUGAUCCCCUCUGUCUUGUUUCUGGUGAUCUACACAGUAACCAUGCUGGGAAACACCACCCUGGUUCUCAUCAUUAGAGUCAACUCUCGCCUUCACACCCCCAUGUACUUCUUCUUCAUUAACCUGUCACUCUUAGACCUCUGCUUCACCUCCACCAUCGCCCCCAAAGCCAUGGCAAGCUUCCUAUCAGGGAGCAAAGCCAUUUCCUAUAAAGAAUGUGCCACCCAAUUCUUCCUCUUCUGUUUCUUCCUUGCCACUGAAGGUUUCCUCCUAGCAACAAUGGCAUAUGAUCGAUACACCGCCAUCUGCAACCCGCUCCUGUAUCCCGUCACCAUGUCCAAGUGGGUUUGCAUUCAGAUGGUGGUAGGGUCGUAUAUCUGCAGCUGUGUGAACUCCAUGUUGCAAACAGGGUUCACCUUUAUGCUGCACUAUUGUGGGUGUAAGGAGAUCGAUCAUUUCUUCUGUGAUGGCCCUCCCGUGAACAGUCUCUCCUGCAGCGACACGUACAUCAAUAAUCUUGUGAUGUUUACCUUAUAUGGCCUCAUCAUAGCGAUCACUGCCCUGAUUGUGCUCAUCUCCUACAUCUACAUCAUCUCCACCGUCCUCCGGAUUCGCUCUGCUGAGGGCAGGCACAAAGCCUUCUCCACUUGCAUCUCCCACAUGUUGCUUGUGACUUUAUUUUAUGGGACCACUGCUUUCAUGUACUCCCAGCCCACUUGGUUAUCUUCUUUGUACCCAAGGAAAGCAUUAUCUGUGUUUUACACUUUUGUCAUCCCCAUGUUGAAUCCCUUUAUCUAUAGCCUGAGAAACAAGGACGUUAAAGAAGCUUUGAGAAGGACUAUGGGCCACAAAUCCUUGACAAAAUGA